AUGUCCCCCGGCCCCCGAGCUUCUGUAACGCUGGCCCCGUGGGAUCCAGAAUCGCCGACGCAUGUGGAGCGCAUGUAUGAGCAGUGUGGAUGGAAAGCCGGACCAGCGGAAAGAUGCAGAGGACUCCAGAGACAAGGAGUGAUUGCGCUGCAAUGGGUGGUUCGUCUUCCUAUCCCCCACUUACGACUUCAUACAUUUCUCGUGAUAAGUUCUGAACAAGUCUCAUCCGGACACCGAGUCACACAUAGAGAAAACAUGUUACCGCCUACCCGAAGCAGGCGCGGCUCGCUUGUUGAUAGUGCAACUAGGCUUGGGAGGGAAAAACCAGUUAAAGCCUCGAAGCGAGCAUUCAUCCCCAUCGGUCCCAUCAGUCUAGAUAGACAGACAGCGUGUAUGAAUCGCCUGGCUAUACCGACCCGGCUCCCGGGCUGUAUUCUAUCGCUCCUUUCUGGAUAUCCAAUGCGUUGCCGGGAGCUGGCACAGGUGAGCUAUUGUACCCCCUCCUCGUUCUGGUCUUUCGGAUCCGACCUGCAAACAGGACGGGCAGCGAUGGAUGCAGCAGAGAAAACAUGGCGACGACGAGCGAGCGCCUCUUCGCAGCGGUUUUGGCUUUUAAGUACCUCUACUAGACACCCCGGUGAUGAGAGGGUGGAGAAAUUUGCUGGGCGGGAAAAAGAGGAGCCUAGGGUUGGCACUUGCCUUAUCUACAAGAUAGUCGAAAAGAUGUGGACUGGAGAGGACACGAUGGGAAAGAUUUGGUACACGCCGGGAGUCUUUAUGAGGAAGGAGAUCUUACGACAGGUGGUGUAA